GCAAUGUGUUGAACCAUAUUUUGACAUUUUAGUGUCCAUGCAUAAACAGCUUUAUUGGACUUUGUUAAUUUCUUAACAAUUACUUCACAUAGAUAUUUCUACACAAUUAACGGUCCUUAAAAUAUGCUGGUGGUAAGUGAGGUGGCAAAUAAAAUGACAGGCACUAUAUCAACAUUUUACUAUGCAUGUGUUUCUAUUGGUAGUUGAUAUAUUAUAAUAACAUACAUAGGCGAGCUAUACAUAGGCGACAGCUCUUAGUUUCAUUGUCUUUGACAUCAACCAAUUUUUAUCUUCCAUGAUUAAUGGUCGAGUGGUCAACAAUCCGGCCUUUUCACGCAGCCGGCCGAGGUUCGAUCCCCGAAGUCGGCGUACGCAUGGAUAUUCAGAGAAAGUGUUUUUCUCCUGCCCGCGCAACUCAAACAACCCAGAUGGAGUAUAAAUUGGUUUGGGGUGGGUGUUGCGGUAUCUGUGCUGUAGCAUUCAAGUGAGGUGGCACUACAAAUGAUUCCGUUGGAAGCACGUCCCACUACAAACAGAACACAUUACAUCUCCAGCACACACGGACAAGAUAGUGAUAGUAACCGAGUCUUAAACACUCAUAUUCUCAUUGAUGACCAAGGGGACAUUAAGGACACCUAUAGCAAAGUUCACCUAUUUGACCUUGACCUAGGUGACCUACGGCUGUGUGAGAGCGACUACACCAUUCCUGGAGACAGAAUUACCUCCCCUGUUUCUACUCCUGUUGGAAAUAUUGGACUUGGAAUUUGUUACGAUCUGAGGUUUCCAGAGAUGUCUAUAGCCCUCGUCAAACAGGGAGCUGAAAUACUGACCUAUCCUUCAGCCUUCACAGUAACAACUGGGCGUGCUCACUGGGAGAUUUUGCUGCGGAGUCGAGCUGUAGAGAAUCAGUGUUAUGUCGUGGCUGCUGCACAAACAGGCAAACAUAAUGAAAAGCGUGCAUCCUAUGGCCAUUCCAUGGUUAUCGAUCCGUGGGGGACUGUACUGGCGCAGUGUGGUGAAGAUCCGGGACUUUGUGUGGCCGAGGUCGACCUUUCAUUUCUAAGUAAAGUUCGAAAAGACAUGCCUGUGUGGAACCAUCGCCGACACGAUCUUUAUGGCCACAUACACAUCAACAAUAAACCUGAACCUGUAGAUUGUAUUAAGGCAUUCGACUUCGGCGGUCAUCCCAUUCCUAGUUCCUGUGUCUUCCAUCGCACUCCCACGUGUUUCUGCUUUGUCAACAUCAAACCAGUGGUGCUGGGUCAUGUACUAGUUUCUACAAUGAGACGCGUGGAGAGAUUAGGAGAACUGACACAGACGGAGUUAUCGGACUUGUUCUCAGUUGUACAAAGGGUGGCAGGUGUGGUUGAACAGCAUUAUGGGGCGUCCUCUCUGACGGUCAGCGUGCAGGACGGACCACAGGCAGGACAGACGGUCAAACAUGUCCAUGUGCAUGUCAUGCCUCGGAAAGCUGGUGACUUCGAGCAAAAUGAUGAAAUUUAUACAAAGCUACAGCAUCACGACAAAGACAUGACGACGGGCAGACGCAGCGAGGAUGACAUGGCAGAGGAAGCUGGACAGCUAAAAGCAUAUUUUACGUAAUUUGUAACAUUUUGGACAAACACACUAGCGAUGAAUAAUUUGCAGCACAAUUUGAAACACUUGCAUACAGACAACCCACCUUACCUAGCCGAAAUUCGCCAAUUGACUUGGAUGGACAUACACCACACAGUGUUAGUGCACACAAUCUGUUCGUGCUUCAAGAGGGUACAUGCACAUAUAACAGGCAACGCCUUUAGAGGUAUGUAGUCCACGUGAUGUGCUCGGAUGCUGUAGAAAAGAAGAUUUAUUUGAAAAAUAAUCAAAUUUGUUCACUCCGCCACAACCCUAACUUAUGUUGUUAUUCUCACCUGGAGGUUUGAACGGUCAGCCAUACGAUAGUUUUUGUGGAGUUGAGGGGCUGGCGUUUUCUGUGAGUGUUCCGGGAGGUUUUUAUUUACUUUUAUUAGAUAUUAUUUAUAAUUAUAUCAAUGUUGAUCAGUGAUUGCGGAAGUUUAACUACAUAUCAGCACUAGGAUUCAACUACACAACAAUUAAGAUUCUAUCUCAAUUGACUCUGCCAUGUUUUGAUUAUUUUGUCCUCUUACAUUAUUAUGAAUGUACCACUACUGGCGUUUAAGCGAGAUAAGUAAACUCUUGCCACUCAUUAGUAUACCGACACAUUUCCCGAUAGCUGGCAGUGUAUCAAAGUAACCGAACCCAAGAUUGUUGGGAUGAAGACAAGUCAAAAGGUUACAUGUGUUAGGUUUCGAAUGUGAUGCCUACCCUACUUAACCAACCAUAUCGUGUCUGCCAUAACAUACCUGGCGGCCUACCCGGCUCAGAAAUCUACAGAUGUCUGUCAUAAAUUGAGUAUUGAUAGGUAGAUUUGCCAAUACAUCUGAAUCGUCUAUGUAUCAACUUCGUUUGAUAUUGAAAUAUUAAUAGCAAACUCUAUUAUCACUGUGAAUAAAAUGUUUAUGCAAUGUAGCUUUGUGCCAAUGUUGUGUUUUAAGUCG